AUGCCGCCACUACUGUCCAACCGGCCCAAUUCCCUGGCGGAGGCCCAAGAGAUAGUUGCAAGAAUAUCCGAUGAUCAUGGAUAUAUCAGCGAGGAUAUUCUCAGCUCUAUGACAGCGGUUCAGAGGAGGGCAGUUGUCGGGGCUAUGCUAAAAAAGGAUGGCAUGAUCGGCUCAUCGGUGAUUACCCUCGCGAAAAAUCUAUACAGUAGCAGUGCACGUUUCGUUUUCGAAUUAUUACAGAAUGCGGACGACAAUGACUACACAAGAGCGAAGUCCAGCGGCAUUGAGCCUUACGUAUCCUUUGAGAUCGUCUCGGACAAGAUUGUCAUGGAAUGUAAUGAAGAUGGCUUCACCAAAGAGAAUCUUAUCGCUAUAUGCGAUGUUGGCAAAAGCUCAAAAAGUGGUGCUCAGGGGUACAUUGGCGAGAAAGGUAUUGGGUUUAAGUCUGUUUUCAUGGCUGCCUAUAAAGUCCACAUCCAGUCAGGAACUUUUUCAUUCUCAUUUACCCACCGCCAUGGAGACUCUGGCAUGGGUAUGAUAUCCCCAGUAUGGGAACAUCCCGACGCACAAUUAUCUCGAAACAUUACCAGAGUCACACUGCAUCUUCACGAUUCGGGAUCAGCAUCCGAUAUGGACGGUCGGCUCGAGCAGAUAGUGCAACAAUUUCGCGAGAUUCAAGGCACGCAUCUCUUGUUUCUCAGGAAGAUCCGACGCAUACAUAUCAAAUUUUCAAUUGGAGAUAAAGGCGAACAGAGCAAAACCACCUUCGAAGCAGCAAACUCUCAACUUGGUGGCCGUGUUACUUUACACAAGGUUGUGAAUGGUAACCUGUUGGAAAAGGCUCAAUAUCACGUUACGAGACACACAGCUCAGGGACUUCCAAAAAGCGAGAACAGAAAUACCAUGGGGUCCGAACACACUGCUUCAGCGUUGUAUACUGCCGAAGUAAUUCUCGCUUUCCCCCUGAACAAUGAAUCGCCGCCUGCGCCCUUCAUCAAAACCCAGCAGAUAUACGCGUUUCUUCCGAUCAGAGAUAUGGGCUUCAAGUUCCUCAUCCAUACCGAUUUCGUUACACAAGCAACCCGCCAGGAUAUUGUGACGACAUCGCCAAGAAACAAGGCCCUUGUUCCUCAUAUUGCUACCGCCUUUUCCAAAGCUAUGGAGCAACUUUGCCAGGAUGAGGCCCUCCAGUUUCAAUGGAUGAAAUAUCUGCCUCAGGAGGACGACUAUCCCUGGGAUGAAUACUGGAAAGAGCUCAUUGCUAGUAUGAAGAAAAGUAUUGCUUCAGUAAACUUGAUGUACCCGAGAAAUGGGGGUUCCUUGAAGACUACAGCUCAAGUUAGGUACCUCACGGACUUCGGGCGGGAUGAAAACGGCGCCCCGUUGUUCGCCGACAUUGCCCCCGAAAUCUAUCUUUCUGAAAAGUAUACGUGUAAUCCCUUGAUAUAUUUACGACACUGGGGCCUUAAGGUCCCAUAUAUGCAGGAAUUUCUCGAUCGCGUCGAAGCAGACCUUUCUCAAAAGACGUCACGACUCAAGUCGCCCCUAUCGUCGCAAAGAUGGCACUCCAAUGCUGCAAAAUUGAUAAGCUACCCUUUCGAAAGGGAGUGGACUUCAGAAAUCACAAAAGUGCGUCUAUUAAAGGUGAUACCCUUGGAAGAUGGGAGAUGGAUCUCGUCUCGCCCUAGCAGCCGCCCUAUUGUUUUCCCCAGAGCCAAUGGUGUUCGUAUUCCACGAGAUCUGGAACUAAACAUCAUUGCUGAGGCGGCCAUUGAAAACGUUGAACGAGUGAAGCUUUUUGAGCAGCUUGACGCGCAGACGCUUAAAACAAGUAGGGUACGGGAAAUGAUUCUUAGCAAAUAUCCAAGCGUCUUCAAUAAGGAACGCGCUUUUGGAUCAACAGGGAAGGUGGAUGAGAUUUCUCGGUCACAUCUUACAUUCCUAUACCAAACCCACGACUCAAGCCACCGAGACGAGUAUCGCUGGAUCCGAGUCUUGACAGAAACGCAACAACUACUUUCACCACAGUCUCAAGAUGUCUAUCUGUCGAGCAAUCAUAAAUAUGGUGUGAAGCAUCUUUUGGAAGAUAUACCCAAGUUUCCCGUGGCCUUUCUAUCGUCGGUUUACCUGGACAAGCCUCCAGAAUGUUUAGAUGGGAAAACGCCCAAAAUAGCGUGGAAACACUGGCUCGAAUCAUCUCUUGGGCUUCAAAGUCGGCCCAAGUUGAUAGCCAAUGGUGCCUUCACGGACUUCUUUCGGCAUUUGGUAAAUCACAGAAGUUGCGACCUCGUGGGUAUAUUGCAGCAUUACUGGUCAGACAUCAGUGAAACGGUACAAGGAAGUCAGAAAAUCAGGGAUGAGAUUGCCGACAUCGUAAUUGAGUCUGGUGAUCGAAGCCUUUCCCUGAAGCACUGGUUUCUCCCCACGAAAGAAUUGGAAACUCGAGCUUCGGAGUACUUGGAGGGGAAAUGCAACGCCAGGUUCCCUUUCUUAGACUUGAGUAGCACCAUGGAACCCACCGACCUAUCCAAAUGGGGCUUCCUCCAUGAUGCCUUUGGUGUUGGCAUGCACGAAAACACGAAGUUCUACAUAACGCUCCUGGAGAUCAUACGCGACCAACACCGCAGCCCCAACGUGGAGAUAUCUAUAAAAGUAUAUUCUCUUUAUGAGAGAAUUCUUUUGAAGACGAGGGAGUCAUCCGAUGCAGAGACCCGUCGACGAAAUCAGGAAGAAAUUCGAAUAGGUUUCGAGGAUCGUGAUCAGGUAUUAUUGCUACCCGGUCGAGACUCCUGUCAAUGGUGUUGGGCAUAUCCUAUUAAAUGUAGAUGGGAUGCGCCUUCUACAAUGACAUCGUGCUAUCCGGUGAAAUACCGGUUUGACCAUACUCUCAAGAGUAACGAGAUUGGUGGAAGGCUGUUGGAGCAAUUCCUCCGCGACAUCUUGUCAAUCAAGGACUGUACAUGGCAAGAUUUGGUUCGUGAGCUCGUCAUUCUGAGCUCAAAAAACAGUGCUGAAGCUCCGACGGAGAUCUACACGCACCUGUCGAAGUUAGCUCCAAAGCUAUCAGUGACGGAGCGGGAGCGAUUAAUGAAUAACUUCAAGGAAAAGUCUUUAAUUUUUGCCUCAAAAUCUUGGCACACCACGGACGACUGUCUUUGGUCGACUGCCACGAACAUAGAUGGGAAAACUUCACUGAACGAAAAUUAUCCUGACCUAGAAAAGUUCUUCACAAGCGUCCUUGGAGUCAAAACCUUAACGGCACAAAUGGUGUACGAGAAGCUGAUACUUAUGGGGGAGUCUGGUGGUUCGUCAAUUGGACAUGUCAAAGAUACCUGGAAGAUCUUCAAUUCGCUCCUAUCGCAAACUGGGAACAAGCCAGACCCCACCCCUAUACUAGAAGCUCGCUUGUUUCCCGUUGAACACCCCGAUGGACAGGUGGAUCUUUGCACAGUAUCUACCCCGUUUGCUCUCAAAGAUCAGAAAAUAUUCGUCCGAUACUUCUCAGGAAAAGCCAACUUUCUCAAUUUCGACUUUGAGGAAACGCUCGAGCUUCAGGAAACCUUUGAAUGGGCUGGGCUUAAUGUCCGCUCCUUGAAAAUAAGCGUCAAUGAGGUUUCAAGAAUGAUGACUGCCUCUCAGCUUCCUAUCUCCUCCUCGGAUCGUGAUUUGGCACCAAAGGCCCACGGUUUGUGUCGCAUCGCAAGACAUUGCAAAAGCCCCAGGGCAAAAUCGGAACCAGAAGCACUGUAUGCGUUGCUUCAGAAAGCACAAGUCUGGGAGACCGAUUGCAUUUCAUCUCGACUCCAGCUUCAGCAGGGAGAUCGGUUAAUCGAGGUAGAAAGCCAACGAAGCGACCUCCAUGUCGCGGAAGAAGAAGAUUCGAUUCAGGUGUAUGUCCCGCGCGAUAGCGGGCUUCAGCAAAAAUGCUAUGUCCAAAAUCUCCCAAAGCUUCUCCACAAGUGGAUGAUGAGCGAGCAGUACUCAAACGUGCCUACACGAGAUAGUGAGAGAUGCAUCAACUUACUCAAAAGCAUCCUCACCCUUCCUCAUGGGUUAAUUGGUGAGACGUUGGACGAGGAGGGUGUCACGGAGCUCAGUUUCCUGGACGAAUACCAAUCUGCAUCUGAAGGCGAUGCACAAAUCGACAGGGCUACUGUGCCUCGCACCCCUGGUCGCCAGACGGGAUCCCGAGCUUCAGAUCACGGGGGACGGGUACCUGCUCUACAUGGUGAUGCGGAUGCAUCCCUAUUUGAUUCGGAAGGUGAGACAUAUGUUGAGGAAGUGGAAACGCCAGCUACGUCCUUGUUCCCCACGCCAAGCUCAGGGAUUUGGAGGGCUCGCGACUCAGUCAGUCCCGUUCGAAUGCCACGACAACACUCAUCAAACGAUACGUCGUCAUACUUCAUCUCACGAAGGAACCUUGCUUCGAGCGCCCUCGAUACAUUCUCCGUAGGAGCCGACUACGUCACGUUGCUUUCCAAAGUUAUUCACAUAGCGCGAGGAUCUUCGCUCCCCCGCAAGGACAGUUUUGACAUCACGCGUCUUCGCCGGGCGAUAUCCGACCUUGACACCCCAGACGAGGCACCUGUGGGAACCAGUUUCUACGCCAGCAGUCCGUUAGAAAGGGACAGGAUGGUCGGUGCUGCCGGCGAGCUAUAUGUUUUCGAGCUCCUUAGUCGGAUGAAUCCCAGACUCCCCAGAUUCUCGAGAGAUAAUUGGCAAAGCACGAUCCGAAAGUAUGUAGGCAAGCACCCGGAAUACGCCGAUAUGAACCCUUGGAACGGCCGCGAAACAGCCGACAUUGUAUACAAAGACGCGUCGGGCGUCCUGACUAGCACUCUCAUCGAUCAUGGCUAUCUCGAUGAGGAUAGAUGGGCAGAGCGGCGGCCGGAAUAUCUCAUCGAAGUGAAGACCACAACAGGACCCUGUGAGACGCCAUUUUUCAUGAGCAAGGGCCAGUACAAAAGGAUGCGAGAAAAGUCGACGUUGACUUUGCCUGAGGCAUCCGCCGACAUCUAUGUAGUAUUCAGAGUAUCGAAGCUUGCCCAGGAAUCGAUGGACGUGGCAAUCUAUGUAGACCCCGAGUACAUGAGGCAGAACCAGAGCCUAGUAUUCACGCCCGAGACUUACUCCGUCACCCCCGGAUCGGGCUUGGGAUUUGUGGGUACAACCGGUUUGAGUGAUAACGGCAUCUAG